AUCACUUGGUCGGCGGUUCGUAACAGCGCACGUUACGUUUUUAACGGGCGAGCGGAUUAACGGUCGGUAUCGAUAAGCUUAUCACUUGAAGUAAUUGCCAAUCGAAGUCGAAAGCGCCGUUUAUUUGCCUAUCGAAGUGAUAACUUUAGUGGUUAAUGUAUUUAUUGGUUUCGGGCUGCCUGAAAUGCCGUCGGCUUUUGGCCCCUGUGAACUUUCAAGCUAAAGACUUUAGCCCCUAAAACUAAUGUCCACCUUGGCCAGCAGCCGACCGCCCCCGCUCAAGUUGAUUUUACCCUCCUUGGAGGAGGCCGACGACCAGGAGGAGGAGGCGCGGAGGAGACCGGAAAGAGGUGGCCAGGAAGUAAGUGAAAUGCAUCCGGAUUGCUUGCCCUUGCCGCUGGCCCAGCCGGGGAAUUCCCCGCAAGUGCGGGAAGAGGAGGAGGAGGCGGAGGGGCAGACGGAGUGCGAGGAGCAGCUGAACAUUGAGGAUGAGGAGGAGGCGAUGGAUGAGGAGCAGGAUCUGGACCUGGAGGACCCCGCCAGCUGUUGCAGUGAGACGAGUGUUUUGAGCGUCGGCCAGGAGCAAUCCCAGGCUGCCCAGGCGGCUCUAUCCGCUCAGGCUCAAGCGCGACAGCGGCUUUUGAUUAGCCAAAUCUACAGACCGUCGGCUUUCAGUAGCACCACAACUGUUUUGCCGCCCAGUGAAGGACCACCCCUCUCGCCCGAGGAACUGCUGCAGCUGCCGCCCUCCACUGGGUCCUCCUUCCAGGAGGAGUUCCUGCGGAAAUCCCAGCUCUACGCUGAGGAGCUGAUGAAGCAGCAGAUGCAUCUGAUGGCCGCCGCCAGGGUGAAUGCUCUGACGGCCGCUGCGGCGGGAAAACAGCUGCAAAUGGCCAUGGCGGCAGCGGCGGCGGCCACAGUGCCCAGUGGUCAGGAUGCACUGGCUCAGCUGACGGCCACGGCCCUGGGACUGGGACCAGGCGGAGCGGUACACCCCCACCAGCAGCUGCUCCUGCAACGCGAUCAAGUCCAUCAGCACCAUCAUCACAUGCAGAACCACCUCAACAACAAUGAAAAUCUGCACGAGAGAGCCCUCAAAUUCAGUAUAGACAACAUCCUAAAGGCCGACUUUGGAUCCAGAUUGCCCAAAAUUGCUGGCUUAAGUGGCAAUAUGGGAGGUGGAAGUGUGAGUGGCGGCAGUACUGGUAAUAGUAAAAGUACCGCAACUACCAACGGCAGCAGAUCUCCCCUCAAGGCGCCUAAAAAAUCAGGAAAACCCCUGAACCUGGCUCAAACUAAUGCCGCCGCCAAUUCGAGUCUGAGCUUUUCCAGCUCACUGGCGAAUAUUUGCAGCAAUAGCAAUGAUUCCAAUAGCACUGCUACCAGCAGCAGCACCACCAACACCUCGGUGGCGCCAGUGGAUCUGGUCAAAUCGCCACCACCAACAGGAGGAGUGGUAGCCUCGGCGGGAACAGGAGGUAAAUCCGGUGAGGACUCGGGCACGCCCAUUGUCUGGCCAGCGUGGGUCUACUGCACCCGCUACAGCGAUCGCCCCAGCUCAGGUCGAAGUCCACGAGCGCGAAAGCCCAAGAAGCCAUCGACGUCCAGUUCGGCGGCAGGUGGAGGGGGCGGUACCGGGGGCGUCGAAAAGGGUGAGGCCACGGACGGGGGCGGCGUUGCGGAAGACAAAAGGCCGCGAACGGCCUUUAGCGGCACGCAGUUGGCCAGACUGAAGCACGAGUUCAACGAGAAUCGGUAUUUAACCGAGAAGCGACGCCAGCAGCUGAGCGGCGAGUUGGGCCUGAAUGAGGCGCAGAUCAAGAUCUGGUUCCAGAACAAGCGGGCCAAGCUGAAAAAGUCGAGCGGCACCAAGAAUCCGCUGGCGCUGCAGCUGAUGGCCCAGGGAUUAUACAACCACUCGACGAUACCGCUGACCCGCGAGGAGGAGGAGCUGCAGGAGCUUCAGGAGGCGGCCAGUGCCGCUGCCGCAAAGGAUGCCUGCUAGAGUUCGGGGGUCGCCGGCAAUAUCUACGAUCUAGUAUUUAUGGAGUAGCGUGUAAGGCUAGCUUUAAGAAAAUUCUUAACGAUUAAGUUGUACCAUAUUCUAGUCCACCGCACACGCAACUGAACAAAAAGCAGAAACAGCCGAAGAAAUCUCCCGAAGAAAUGAACCCCGAAGAAACGAAGCGGUUGCGUGUGCGUUUUGUAUAAUAGAUUCAUAAAUUCACAACUAAAUAAUUUAAUAAACAUUUAAAUUAUA